AUGGUCUUCUAUGGUCGCAAGAGAUAUGUCGACAUAUUGGACUGCUACCUCCAACAGAACCUUGCAGCCAAUGGCGGCUACUUCGACGAGGUAUGGUUUAUGGCUCACACCAAAGAUAAGGAUGACAUGGCCUGGGUGGAAGAUCUCGUCAACAAGACCACCGAUUACAAAAUUGUCGGUAAGGGAGAUUGCGAAGGGAAGAAAUACAACUGCAUGUGGAAUUAUGCCGUCGAAGACAAGACCAUCUAUGUCAAAAUCGACGAUGAUAUUGUAUAUAUCCACCCCGACGCCAUUCCCCAGCUCGUACAUACUCGAAUCGCCCUACCUCAUCCGUUUGCAAUCUCGUCCAAUUUGGUUAACAGCCCGGUAACCGGUAUGGAACAAUACCACUACGGCGCAAUCCACCCUUUCCUCCCGGAUCCGAGUAGCAAGCCUUCGUUCCUUGCUACUGAGACGUGGCGAGUAUCGGAGAAGCCGAAGUAUCCCGAGGAGGAAAUGGUAGAUGAUUAUGAUCUUAUGGAUAUUCAAGCGCCAUAUCGUGGUCACCCGUGGCUUCUUAUCUCCGACGACCAUUACGAUCUGCUUAAAACUCCGAUGGGCAAGUACGACCAAAAUCGCGGCUCCGAUCCGAUCGCGUUCGGUGCAGCUUGGAAGUCGUGGGCAAUCGGCGCUCAGCAACAAUAUUCGCUUUUAUACAACCUGGAGCAGAAUAAAAUGCAGCGAUAUUUCUUUGGUCGAAAUAUUCGAUAUCCAGAAAAUGCCUUGGCUCCGAACUCUUCUGCGGUUGUUCUCGGCAAUAGAAAAGGACCCGGUGGUGAGCAGACGUACGACACGGGCUAUAAUCGGUACAACCUGAACUUUUGCGCCGUCUGGGGUUCCGAUAUCCGAGAUCAGUUACCUAUCGCAGAAGAUGACGAACAGGAUAUCACUGCGGAUAUUCCGAGACGGAUUGGGCGACCGUUCCUAAUUGACACGCGAUCUGUCGUCGGACAUUUUAGCUUCUUUACACAGCAAGAAAUCACCAAAAGUGAUCUCCUAGACCGAUAUCGGGCAUUUGCGAACGAAGCUGUCUGUGCGCCGAAUAACUUGAAGAAGCCAUGGGAUCUGAUGUGCGACGGUUUCCGAGCCAAGGGUGGCCUUGGGCGGUAA